AACACACAUUGCUUUUUGUUUGUUUUCUAAAUAUUCAAAUGUGAACCCUCCAAAUGCGUUCAGUGUAGCUUCCGACAGCUUCAGCCCCAGCAACAACCGCGAGCUUUCCAUCGCCCCCACAGAUCCCAAUCAAUAGAUGAACGCGCCUCUGAAGAUUCUCUCUUUACAACAAACUCAUGUCCACUGCAUGAUUACACCAGAUUCUAUAUUAUUCAUUGGAACCUGUGAUUGAGAACCCAGGUUUCAAGUUUCUUUUAUAAUGUGGGUGUCGAGUACGAGACUGAGGUUGAGGAUGGUGCUUCUGGUGUGUUUGAUUUUGUGGGUUUGGUCGGGAGGAAUGGCUAUGGCGGCGAGUGCUGAGGCAAGUGGGAGUACAAGAGAAUUGGAUCAAACACCAACAUGGUCUGUUGCUGCUGUUUGUACUGUGUUCAUCUUAAUUUCCAUAACCCUCGAGAUGAGUCUCCACAAAGUUGGAACGUGGCUAGGACAAAGACAUAAGAAGGCUUUGAUUGAAGCUCUUGAAAAGGUUAAAUCUGAGCUGAUGAUUAUGGGGUUCAUAUCAUUGUUGCUGACAUUUGGCCAGACCUACAUUUUAAGAAUAUGCAUUUCUUCAAAGGUAGCAGACAGAAUGUUGCCAUGUCCACUUGAUGGAACCAAUGAUGUUUCAAGCAGUGAAGAGGCUCACAGAAGGAAGCUUCUGUCUUCUGAACGCAGAUUUCUAGCAGCUUCUUCUUCCUCUUCUUAUUGCAAGCAGGGAUAUGAACCACUUAUGUCCGUAAAUGGAUUGCACCAAUUGCACAUCCUCAUAUUCUUCUUAGCAGUCUUCCAUGUCCUGUACAGUGCUGUCACCAUGCUGCUUGGGAGACUAAAGAUUCGUGGCUGGAAGGCGUGGGAGGCGGAGACUUCGUCUCAUGACUACGAGUUUUCCAAUGAUCCUUCAAGAUUCAGGCUUACUCAUGACACAUCAUUUGUGAAAGCUCAUGCCAGUUUUUGGACAGGAAAUCUGUUAUUUUUCUACAUCGGAUGCUUCUUCAGGCAAUUUUAUAGGUCUGUUGGUAAGGCUGAUUACUUGGCUUUGCGCAACGGAUUUAUCACAGUCCAUCUUGCUCCUAGAAGCCAAUUCAACUUCCAGAAGUAUAUAAAAAGAUCCUUAGAAGAUGACUUCAAGAUAGUUGUGGGAGUCAGUCCUGUGCUGUGGGCGUCGUUUGUAGUUUUCUUGCUACUAAAUGUUGAUGGAUGGCGCACAAUGAUUUGGGCGUCCUUACUUCCUGUGGCUAUAAUAAUGGCGGUGGGAACAAAACUGCAAGCAAUUCUGGCAAAGAUGGCUCUAGAGAUCACAGAAAGGCAUGCAGUUGUACAAGGGAUUCCUCUUGUUCAAGGUUCUGACAAAUACUUCUGGUUUGGUCGUCCCCAGUUAGUUCUUCAUCUGAUUCAUUUUGCUCUCUUCCAGAAUGCAUUUCAAAUCACUUACUUCUUGUGGAUAUGGUAUUCUUUUGGGCUCAAAAAUUGUUUCCAUGCUGACUACAAGCUUGCAAUUUUGAAAGUCGCCUUAGGGAGUGCAGUUCUUUGCCUCUGCAGCUACAUUACACUUCCAUUAUAUGCUCUUGUAACUCAGAUGGGAUCGUCGAUGAAAACGUCAGUAUUUGAUGAACAGACAUCAAAGGCGUUGAAGAAAUGGCGAGAUGCUGUGAAAAGGAAGGGAGGAGCAAAGGCUCCUACUAAUAAUAAUGAUACCCAACGCAAUGGUUCAUCGUCAGCAUCGCUGCUUCCUGCAACCAAACUACGUCGUUUCAAAACAACCGGUCAUUCGGGCCCUUCCUGGACCCAUGAGGAUGUUGAAGCUGACGACCCUCUCUCUUCUUCGCCAAUUUCAUUAAAAACCAGUUUUAGCAUAAGAGUGGAACGUGAUAAUGAACUUGUUGGAGCAUCCAAAGAUCAACCACAUGGCUAGAAUCCCAUAUUAUAUUAGAGUAAUCUAGAAAAGUAGUCCUCCCCUCUAUAUAUAUAAAAUAUACACGCACCACAAGAAAAUAAUAAAAAUAGUGUCAACUUGUUUCAGUCUUGCACGAGUUUUGUCUAAAUCGUACAUAUUUCUUUUA